AUGACGGCGACAACACAGCCGUUCCACGCGCGUGCUCAGCCGCACCACCUGCAGGAGACUCUGAACGGACACCUCUCCCCUGGUUCCGGUGUGCCAGCUGGCGUAGCCCGGCCGCGCGUCCAGCUCACGGCGACCGAGGACCCCAAAGCCUGGGACUAUCGCUACAUGUUCGAGAAGAUGAGUGCGCGGUCCGAGGCGCUCGACGAGCAAAUCGACACCUUCGCCUUCACGAUCAUGGACGCCUAUGGGCUGACGGAGCUGGGCGAUCCGCACGUGCCCGCCGAGGACGCGACGUACACGGUCGGCCGCAUCCUCUCCCCGCCCACGGACAGCAACAAGGCGACGGUGGGCAGCCUGUACCUGCAGUCGAGCCGGCAGUUUGGCGGCGGCAACAUUGUCCCCCUCCGCUUCAGCCCGGACGUCAAGGUCCGAGGCGGCGCGCCGGGUGUCCGAGGCUUCGGGCUGUUCCCCGGCUGCCUCGUGUGCGUGAAGGGACGGAACGGGGGCGGCGACGCCUACGUCGCGGACGAGGUGCUCAUGCCGCCGGCGCAGAUCCUCCCGUCGUCCCUGCCCGACGAGAUCGUGCAGUACCAGCAGGGCGAGCGGCUGGGCGGCCUCCCGAUGUCGAUCUACUCCUGCGCCGGCCCAUACACACUGGACAAUAACCUGGAGUACGAGCCGCUGGACGCGCUGGUGGACGUGGUCUGCGACGAGCGCCCGGACGCGGUCAUCAUGCUCGGCCCGUUCGUCGACGCGCACCACCCCGCCAUCGCCUCUGGCGCUCUGCGCCAGACCCCAGUCGAGCUGUUCCGGCAACAGAUCGCCAGCCGCCUUGCCCGCAUCAACGAGGAGUCCCCGGGCACGGUCGUGAUCCUGAUCCCGAGUGUGCGCGACCUGCUCUCGCGCCACGCCGCGUUUCCGCAGGCGAUGCUGGAGCGCGACGGCCUCGGCCUGAGCAAGCGCGUCAAGGUGCUCCCGAACCCGUGCACCUUUUCGCUCAACGAGGUGGUCAUCUCCACAUCAAGCGUGGACACGCUCUUCCACCUGCGGCGCGAGGAGCUCUUCCAGCGCGCCGAGGAGGCGGAGCCGGACCCCUCUACGCCCGUCAACAGGAAUCCGCAGGGCGACGCCAUGGCCAACCUCGUGCGGCAUGUGCUGGGGCAGAGGAGCUUCUACCCCCUCUUUCCCGCGCCGGAGGCGCUGGCGCACGAGGUCAAUCUCGACGUCACGCACUGGGACCAGAUGUCGCUCGGCGACACGGCGCCGGAUGUGCUCAUCCUGCCCAGCAAGUUGAGGCACUUUUCCAAGAUUGUCGACGAGACGCUGGUUGUUAACCCCGGCCAUUUGUCGCGCGCUAAUGCGCCUGGCACCUUUGCCAAGAUCACUGUCCAUCCCUCAUCUCCCGAGCGGCUGGAGCAGGUCGACGAGGAGGGAUACACGACGCACGGGGUCGCGGAGCGCGCGAGGAGUGAGGUUUGGAGGAUCUAA